UUUUUUCUCGGGCCAGUCGGUGGCGGGCAGGCGCAGCAUGCGGACUCGGUGGCGUGUGAGUGAUUUCGGCUGCCUAGCGGUGGUCCUGGUGGUCGGCACGUGCGUGACCGGCCCACGACCCGUCCAGGCCCAAGACAGACCUGCAGGCAUCGGUGCCACCAAGUGCUACGACGACCAGGGAAAGGCCCAGCGAUGCGUCCCCCAGUUCGAGAACGCCGCCUACGGCAUGCCCGUGGACGCGACGAACACAUGUGGCACUGAAUUUGGAGACAUCGAGUACUGCAUCCAGUCAGGACAGCCAAACGACAAACCUUGUUUUACGUGCACUGAUCUAGGGCUCGAUUCUCACCCGCCUCGUUUCCUCACUGACAGAAAUGAUGCUGAUGAGCAUACGUGGUGGAUGUCGGACACCAUGUACGAGGGAGUCAACCAAGUAAACCUCACUCUCAACUUAAAAAAGUCCUUCGACAUCACCUAUGUGCGACUAGUUUUCUACUCGCCAAAGCCAGAGAGUUUUGCUAUUUACAAGCGGACAAAAGAGGAUGGUCCUUGGAUACCUUUCCAAUACUAUAGCGCAACAUGUCGCGAUACUUAUGGCUUGACUGAUGACAAUUACAUCAGCACGAAAGACGAGUCUAGGGCUGUCUGUAUUUCUGAGUUCAGCGACAUUUCACCCUUGACAGGAGGAAACGUGGCCUUCUCCACGUUGGAGGGUAGACCGUCAGCCAAAAACUUUGACAGCAGCCUCGAACUCCAGGAAUGGGUAACAGCCACCGAUAUUAGAAUCACCCUGGAUCGCUUGAAUACGUUUGGAGAUGAAGUUUUUGGCGAUUCGCAAGUACUAAAAUCAUACUUCUACGCCAUUUCGGAAUUUGCUGUCGGCGCUAGGUGCAAGUGCAAUGGUCACGCGUCAGACUGCACAACCUCGUCAAGCACUGACCAUUUGCAGCGGCGAGUCUGCGUUUGCCAGCACAACACCGCUGGUCCAGACUGCAACGAGUGUCUGCCCUUCUUCAACGACUUGCCCUGGGCCAGGGCUUCGGCCACCAACGCCCACGAGUGUAAACCUUGCAACUGCAAUGGCUUUUCAAACCGAUGCUUUUUCGACCAAGACUUAUAUGACAGGACUGGCCACGGUGGACACUGCCUUGACUGCACUGGAAAUAGGGAUGGACCCAAUUGCGAACGGUGCAGAGAAAACUUUUUCCAAAUGGAAGAUGGAUCCUGCAUCCCUUGCAAUUGUAACGAAGUUGGUUCACGGAGUCUGCAGUGCAACAGCGAAGGCAAGUGUCAGUGCAAAACGGGUGUUACUGGCGAUAAGUGCGACAGGUGCGACGCGAAUUUCUUCGACUUUGGAUCUCUGGGUUGCAAGCCCUGUGGAUGCAGCGAGGCUGGAUCUUUCAGAAACAAGCCAAGAUGUGACCCUUACACCGGCGUCUGCCACUGCAAAAGGCACGUCGAGGGCAACAGAUGCGAUCGGUGCAAGCCCAGCUUUUUCAACUUGGAUUUGGAAAAUGACUUUGGAUGCACUCCCUGCUUCUGUUACGGCCAUUCCUCUGUUUGCCAGUCAGCUCCAGGCUAUUCGCAAUUGUCCAUUGAAAGUGCGUUUGCACGAGGUCAAGAAAGAUGGACUGCUCAAGAUGAGAAUGGCCAGUCGAUGAGCCUUUCUUAUAAUGGACUUACUCAGUCAAUCGCCGUCAGCGCAUCUGGAAACACACCUGUGUAUUUCGUAGCUCCAGAUCGAUUUUUGGGUGAUAUGAGAGCUAGCUACAACAAAGACAUGACUUUUAAACUGAGGAUUGGCAGUGAUGGUCCAGCUGCCUCAAUUAAGGAUAUCAUUUUGGAAGGUGACGGCGAAAAGGUGGUGCAGAAUAUUUUCGGCCAAGGCAAUGAUCUUCCAAAAACAUCGAAUCGAGACUACACAUUCAGACUUCACGAAGAGUCUGAAUAUGGAUGGCAGCCACGUCUUCCUGCGAGGGAGUUUAUGAGAAUACUUUCCAACCUGACUGCAAUUAAAAUUAGAGGAACAUACACUCCUGAUGGUGUUGGAUUUUUGAAGGACUUCAAACUGCAAACAGCCCGCAGAGACACUGCUGGAAAACCAGCUAAUUGGAUUGAGAUGUGUACUUGUCCAGAGGGUUACGUUGGACAGUUCUGCGAGUCAUGCGCACCUGGAUACCGUCAUGAGCCAAGUUAUGGAGGUCGCUUCGCCCGUUGCGUUCCAUGCAACUGCAAUGGCCACGCAGACAUUUGCGAUGCGGACACUGGUCGGUGUAUCUGCCAGCAUAACACCGCUGGAGAAAAUUGCGAGCUCUGCGCUCGAGGGUUCUACGGAAACGCAUUAGCUGGAACAGACAGUGAUUGCCAACCGUGUCCUUGCCCUAACCAAAGCGCUUGCGUCCAACUUUUAGACGAAACGGUCGUAUGCUUGGAGUGUCCCAAGGGCUAUGGAGGUCCUCGGUGCGAUAUCUGCAGUGACGGUUUCUUUGGUGAUCCCGAGGGGCGCUUUGGUUCAUUCAGGUCAACUUGUGAACAAUGUGACUGCAACACGAAUGUUGACCCUAAUGGCAUUGGAAACUGCAACAGGACUACUGGAGAGUGCCUCAAGUGCAUUUACAACACUGGUGGUCCGCACUGUGAAGUUUGCUUGCCAGGAUUCUUUGGAGAUGCCCUGGCACUUCCCAAGGGUGACUGCAAAACCUGUCAAUGCUAUGGAGCUGGUACUGAACGUACAAAGGACGGACCUUUUGCUUGUGACCAAAUUUCUGGCCAGUGCAGGUGCAAACCCUAUGUCACAGGGAAAAACUGUGACGUGUGCGAGGAUGGAUACUACAACAUAGUCAGUGGAGAGGGUUGUCAAGCUUGUAACUGUGACUCAAUCGGUUCUAUUGAUGGCACCUGCGACAUGCGAACUGGGCAGUGCAAGUGCCGACCAGGGGUGACCGGUCUGCGUUGUGACAUUUGCGAGGUCUUUUCUUACGGAUUCUCUACCAGCGGUUGCAAGCCAUGUAACUGUGACACGAUUGGAUCAAGAAAUCUACAGUGUGAUGAAUAUGGACAAUGUCCGUGUCACGACAAUGUGGAAGGACUCCACUGUGAUCAGUGCAAGGAAAACAAGCACGACCGCCAGAGAGGAUGUGUUGAUUGCCCUGACUGCUACAAUCUGGUGCAGGAUGCUGUAAAUGAUCACAGGGAAAAGCUGCAGAAGUUACAAGAGCUGUUGCAUAACAUCACAGAAACACCGACUGUAAUUGAUGAUGUUGACUUUGAGAGGAAGCUCAAGGAGGUGGAAGAUAGGGUGAAGCAACUGUGGAAUGAUGCCAAAAGAGGAGCUGGAACUGGCGACAAAUCGCUGUUGGAAAGGCUUAAAGACUUAAAGAACAGGUUACAGGCAAUUGGGGACAUUCAUAAAAAUAUCACAAUGUUCACUGACUCGGCCAGAAUUUUCACAGCACAAGGUGAAGCAAAUGCAACCCUUGUUGAGGACAUUAUUGAAAGAUCCAGAGAGCGUUUGAAGAUUGCUGUUGAGUACUUGCAAACCAAAGGUGCAGAGGCGUUGAAGGAAGCUGUUCAGCGAUCAGAUCAAUUUGGUCAACAAAGUGAGAAGAUGUCUGAAAUUGCUCGCCAAGCACGCCAGCUGGCCCAAGAGCAAGAAAAAGAGGCCGAGGAGAUAAAAAAAAUCGCGGAGGAGGCUGUUAAGGUCUCAUCAAAUGCCUACACAAUUGCCAAAAAUGCCAUUGGUGAACAAAAAACAACCAAAGAAGAUUUGGGAAAACUUCGACAAGAAUUAGAGACCGCUUCUGCCAGGCUGGACAAUACAAAAUUGUUUGCCCAAGCAGCCAAAGAAAAGGGUGCCCAGAUGUUGAAUGAAUCACUGGCUAUUUAUGCAAUCGUCUAUGGCCUCAAGUUGCCAGAACCCAACGUAACCAGUCUAAGAGAAGAAGCCGAGAAAGCCGCCGAGCAAGCUAGGAAACUAAAGAGCGAAGCCGACCAACUGCAGGCAGAACAUGGAGACCUUCUGAGAGACUUGGCAGAACAAAGCGACUCCCUUAGGGAUCUCCUCAAAUCUGCAGAGAUGCAGCAGCAGAAGGUCGACGAGCUCCUUGCAGAUGUUGAUAGUGCGAAUUCUGACGCUAAAAGAGCAGUCGAGUUAGGCGAUAAGACACUGGCUGAGGCUCAAGAGACUUUCAAGACCCUCAAAGGAUUUGACAAGGAUGUGCAAAAGAGUAAAGAAAAGGCAAUGGAGGCUCUGGAAAAAGUGGCCGAUAUUGAGGAGAGCAUUGAAGCUGUGAGGAAGACAUCCGAAGAAGCUGGCGAAGCUAUCACUGAUGCAGAACAACACUCCAAAGCAGCCAAUGAUGCAGCCUCUGAGGCACUAAAAGAGUACGCAGCUAGAGCUGUAGAGGAAGCGGAAGAAAUCAAGGAGGCUGCUGAAGACACAAGAAAGCAGGCGGAAGGCUUAAGGAAUGAAGCAGAUGAACUCUCUGCAAAGGUUGCAGUCACCGGAAGCAAUGUGCAAAAAUUGGAGGAACAAUCUGUUCAGGAUGAGACCCUGACUAACGAGGCCAAAGAGAAGGUAGGCCAAGCCAAAAGCAAUGCAGCAGAGGCCACCAAGAGAGUGGAAAAGGCUCUCCAGGAAGUCAAUGACAUUUUGUUGGAGUUGCAAGACGUGACAGAUAUUGAUGAGGAUCAGCUAAAUAUCUUAGAGAAGAAACUGGCAGCUGCUGAAAAAGAAUUCAACGAUGCUAACUUAGAUCAACGAAUGGAGGAAUUGAAAAUGCUAAAAAAUCAGCAGACACAAUGGAUAAAGGACUACUCGGAAGAAGUGAGCAGACUGAGAACUGAAGUGGACAAUAUUGAAGAGAUUCGCAACUCUUUACCUGAUGGCUGCUGGAAGAGAGUAAAGCUUGAGCCUUGAAAGUAACGUGCUCAGCGAAAGUUAGUGAGGAUCUGAGCCAGUAAGAAACGCGAAUUGGACCUGCCGAGUCUUUUUAUUCCUUGCAUUGCAUUUUGUAUCACACAUUGUGUUCUUCAUAGGUGUUAAAAUCAAUAUUUGUGUGUGAACGUCGAGGGCGCCUGCUUGUUUCUGCACUAUGUCUAGAUGACUAAUUAUAAUUUGAGUAAUUCCUAUUAAAAUCCUACCAUAUAAGUCCACUUUAAGUUAUAAUUCUGAUAGUUAUGCCAAAGAUGUGCACUCUGUUUAGAAUAAUUAAUAGUAAGGAAUUUUCCAGUGCCAAAAUCUGGUUCUUCCGCUCUGCUGCAAUGUGCCAUGCCAAAGAUGUAAUUGGAAGAAUCAUUGUUUUAGAUCUUUACUUUAGAGACAAAAGUUGUUGAAAAAUACUGGUUUGAGCGCUUGUUGUUUCAACUCCUAGUCCAGUAAUUUUUACACAUCUGCACUUUGCAAAUCAAAAACAUUGUAACUCUUAUAGAUGAUACAAUAGAGACAGAAGUUAUUUUUCUACAUAUUGCCAGCGUUUAAAAUAGGGUGCAGAUUUCAAAGUACAUUCGCCUACCACUGCCAAUAAAAGAACGGAAUUUUUUUCAAACACUAAUAGAUAAACUAGAACGGUUUAUAUUUAUCUUGAUGUACAUUUGAAUUGUAAUAAAAUCAUUCAUUAGGGAAUUGAAAUUAAAAA